CGUGAAGCGUGAAUCGGAGCCCACACGCGUCAGGCUUGGGCUAAACAAAACGUGCGUGCGGAACCGGGAAGGAGGUCCCGCAGGACUAAUCUCCCUUUGGCUCAUCUUUCUCUGACAGCACUUGUUUUGUUGCUGAACUAAAAUCGUUGUAUUUGAAGAGUUCAGGUGGCUUAUUGCCUUCCGGCCCGGCUUUCCCCCCUCAGACCGACCCGGCGACCCUCCGGUCCGGUGCCAGCGGUAUCUUUGGAGAACUGAGGCUCCUGGAGUUUGUCCCAAGUCGGCGCAGCUCCGGCAGACAUGGCCGAUGAAGGGUUAAUGAUAAAUAUUACCACCAACACCUUCAUCAAAAGGAAUCCGAAAGACCAUCAGCGCAAGAGUUUCAAAAGUACAGAAAAUAGGGUGCAGCCCGGCAGAGGAAAACAUCAAUUACAGGAAAGCUCGAAAAGUGUCCCUCCUGUGAAACCAACAACACAGUCAUCUUCUACAGUGAGCAAAACACACAGAAAUGCCAAGAAGCGACCUCAAUGUGAGCAGGUGCCUAACUUGGCUCCAAAGAAAAGAAAAAUUGUGGAAGAGCCGGGGGACAGAGGAGAGCAAAAGAUGACAGAUCCUAUCAAAACCUCCUCUUUAUUUAGAAACAACCCCACGAUCCCAGAGAUUCACAAGCAGACGGUUAAAACAUUGAAAGAAUCUAUUUUUACGACAAGCCAUUUCAAGGAACUUGUUGAGCUGCACCCACAUCUGGUCUCCACACUCAGUGAUGUCCUGAAAGUUUCUAACAUGACCAGCAUUCAGAAGCAAGCAAUUCCAGUACUGCUUAAUGGGGAGGAUGCCCUGAUACAGUCGCAAACUGGCUCAGGUAAAACAUUGGCAUAUGGUGUUCCUCUGGUCCAGUCUUUGCAGUCUGUUCAACCUAAAAUACAACGUUCUCACGGACCGUAUGCAGUUGUCAUUGUACCAACCAGAGAGCUGGCCCUGCAAAGCUUUGACACUCUGCAGAAACUGAUCAAGCCAUUUAUGUGGAUUGUGCCAGGAGUGCUGAUGGGAGGAGAAAAGCGAAAAUCUGAGAAAGCCAGGUUACGUAAAGGUAUAAAUAUUCUCAUAUCAACUCCAGGACGAUUGGUGGACCACAUAAAAAACACAAAGAAUAUUUGCUUUACCCAUGUACAAUGGCUAAUUAUUGAUGAAGCUGACAGAUUGCUGGACCUGGGUUUUGAGAAGGAUAUCACUGUGAUUCUGAAUGCUCUAAAUGCUGUAACUAUGAAGAGGCAAAACGUUCUCCUCUCUGCCACCCUAACGGACGGAGUGAAUCGAUUGGCUGGAAUCAGUUUGAAAGAGCCAGUUAAUAUUAACAUCACUGAAACUAACCAGUCCACAACUGAGUUUGCGGCAAAAAAAUUAAGCACUGAUCAAGUGAAUAUCAGUAAAGAUUCCAAUAGCUAUUCAAUUCCAGAACAACUUCAACAGUUUAUGGUGCUAGUUCCAAGCAAACUGCGACUGGUCACGCUUUCAGCAUUCAUUCUCCAAAAAUUCAAGAUUGGAAAGAAACUGAAAAUGAUCAUAUUUUUCUCCAGUUGCGAGUCUGUGGAAUUUCACUACAACCUUUUCACAAAUGCCCUUACUUCAUAUUCUGACAGCAAGGAGCAAAAACAAUUACCUUUCUCAGCUUGUAAGAUGCUGUUUCUGCGAUUGCAUGGGAACAUGGAACAGGAGGCAAGAAAGCAAACUUUUCUGGAGUUUUCACAAUCAAAUAUGGGUGUUCUUCUUUGCACUGACGUAGCAGCACGUGGGCUGGACCUUCCAGAAGUCACGUGGAUUGUUCAGUACAAUGCUCCAACCUCACCUGCAGAAUACGUUCAUAGAGUGGGCAGGACAGCCCGGAUUGGAUCGUGCGGAAACAGUCUUCUUUUCCUCACUCCCUCUGAAGCAGAAUAUGCGAAUACCCUUGUUUCUCACCAAAUCAGUGUCUCUGAAAUAAAAAUGGAGGAUAUACUGUGUACACUGUUGAUAGAGCGUGUUCAAAGAAAAAAAUCUGGAAACAAGUUAGAUGCUGCUAUUCUGCAGGAAAUAAGGGAAUCAGCAACAGCCUUGCAAAAAGUGUAUGAGACCUUCGUGCAUUCAACCACAGAAAAUCUUCUGCAAGCCAAGAAAGCUUUGCAGUCAUUUAUUCGAGCAUAUGCCACAUAUCCAGCAAAUCUAAAGCAGAUCUUUCAUGUGAAAUCCCUUCACCUUGGACACACUGCCAAAAGCUUUGGACUUAGAGAUGCACCACAGAAACUGAGUGGCACAAUAAUGGCCAAUGAGCAGAAGAAGAACCUUAAACCAAUAGUGAAGAGGUCUGGCUUGGGCAGGAAUCUUUCCACUAAGGCCCAAGUAGCUUUGAAACUCCAAUCCGAAUAUUCAAGUGGACUUGGGGAAAAAUUUUAUAAGGUAAAGAAGAAGCGAAAGCCUUUAAAAAGUCACAGACCCCAGUCAGAAGCCAUCUGAAGUGAGCUACAGACACUUUGUCGAAGGCUGAACGAGUGCUAUCAUUAUGAAGUUAGCAGCACUGAGCAAGUUACAGAACUGCCCAGAUGGACAGGGCACCCCGACUGACAAAGUCUGCUGACGUUGAAUGAAUUGUUUGUAAUUUAUAUUCACACAGAAUAAAAUAAUUGCAGAUUUAAACUAAAGUGAAUUUAAAUCAAUUUCAAAUAGCCUUUGCAGGUCUUGAAACAGGAAUUUGCUCCAACCUGAUACAAAGCCAGAAGCAACUCCGACCCAAGGACAGACAAUGAGCAUUCGAACCAAUUGUGACCUACAGGUGUGCUUCUUAGAAAAUGGUCCUCAUUCUGUUUUCUGCUCUAGAUGUAAAAUAUGGACAGACCUCCUGUGUCACUGCAGAACACCUAGCAAGGGCAAGAAAUGGAAUGAGACCACUGUUCCAUUUCCCCUUUAUGCCCUCUCUGACUUUGUCAUGCCCUUCACCUUUUUCCCUACUGAGCUGAACACCCAACCUCCCUUCCUGCCCUGUAAGUGGAACACUGUCAAGGAGUUUAUAUGUUCUUGUACAUGGAUUUCCUCUGGGUGCUCCAGUUUCCUCCCUUAUUUGAAAGACGUGCGGGUUAUGAUUAGUAAGUUGUGGGUAUGCUAUGUGACACUAGGAGCGUGGUGGCACUUGCGGGCUGACCCCGGCAUAUUCAGAGUGUGUUGGUUGUUGACACAAAUGAUGCAUUUCCCUGUAUGUUUCAAUGUACAUGCACAUGACAAAUAAAGAUAAUCUUUAACCUUUCACUUCUUGAAUCUUCUAUACCAUUUGAAAAUGCAUACCCAGAACUGCUUGCUUGCACCUU